GUCAUCCGUCGACGAUGCUUCCAGCCGCAGCUCCAGCUGUGCAAGGUCACCAAUGCGCUGUUCAUCAGCAACGCGCGCUCGGCCUGCACUGACGACCUCAUCCAGCAGGAGGCAGUGACGCUGUGCAUCAACGUGUCCAAGCAGCAGCCCUUCCCCGAGGCGUCACGCAUCACUGCGCUGCGUGUGCCCGUCUACGACGACCCCACUGAGGACCUGUACCGCUACUUCGACAGCUGUGCCGACGCUAUCCGGGACGAGGCAUCCAAGGGAGGCCACACCGUCGUCUAUUGCAAGAACGGCCGCAGCCGCUCUGCCACCAUCUGCGUGGCGUACCUCAUGAAGUACCGCAAGCUCUCAUUGGCUGACGCGUUUACGGUAGGUGACAAAAAGAGGGAGGGAGGGAGGGAGGGAGGGAGGGAGGGAGGGAGGGAGGGAUGGGAGUGAUGGGUUAAAGAUGGCAAGACGUUUUGGUCUAAUUGUCAUUUUAUUGUAAUUGUGAUUCUUUCCAGGGCGAGAUGGUUAAUAGCUCUGUCAAUUCACGAAGUGACUCCUCAAAAUCCUCAUUGACAAUAACUGGGACUUUUCCAUUAACCUACUGAAUAGACUGAAUUUAAAUUGAAUUCACCCAAACUCAGUCUCUAAUGUAAAGUAGAAUAAUCAGCUGAUUUCUGUCUGUCUUUGUUUUUGUGGUUGUAAACCGUAUGGGUGCAUCUCAAAGUGGCUUCCUCUUAAGGCAUCAGCAUGCUUCAGUUUGGCUGGCACCUAGCCAAACUCGGCUAGGCGAACCGAACGAGUGUGCUCGCAUGCUCCCCCAAAAAGACCUUCACUUGAACAACGAGACAAAAAGCGGCAAUAGUACUGUUUGUCCUUUUUGAGAUGCUGUAGCCAGUAUAGACUUCCUCAAAAUAGUCAGAAUUCACCUAAGACAACUCAAGAAGUUGUCAUUAAUUUUUGAUGUUUUUGCUGAGGAGAUCUUAGUUGCGCGAUUUUAAAUCUAAGAUGUUUGGUGCAGUAUUUCUCAAUGAAAAAAUGUGCAUGAAAACGAGUCAUCUCAAAUUGAACGACAACAAAGACUUUAUUGUCUUUGUUGUCCAAUCACCGACGAAGGGAUAAGAGUGUCUGCUAAAUGACGUAAAUGUAAAUGUAAAUGUGAAGGGGCGUAGACUUCGGCUACAGACUUCGACUUGCCUAGAGAAAAAAUGUGGUGUGCCCAAACAGCCGAAAAAACACUUACCGAAGUCCAAAACGAACAAAAACGGCACAAAAUGUCAUCAUAAUAUAUGCACACUCUUCAAAACUGUUUCGGCUGGGAAGCAUGCGGAUGCCUUUAGUCUCCUCUCCUUCUCCUCUCUUUCAUUUUCAAUGAUCUGAAAUUAACCACGACUGAGUAAAAAGCUGUUUCAAGGAUGCUUACCAAGACUUUGCUUGCUUUAAAUAUCUGCCCAGUUCUUUAAUGUCAUUGCAUCAGGAGGAGAGGAGAGGAAGUCAUAUUAGAGUAUUGAGAUGCACCCAAUGUGUUGUGUGAUUCAGCUACAGUAUGUAUGUCCCAGGGCUGAUCAGGUAAUUGAUUACCAUUAUACACUCCGUUUCUUCAUCUUCUUCUCCAGAAAGUGAGGACUUCUCGCUCAGUGGUGGACCCCAACUCGGGAUUCUGGGCCCAGCUGGAAAGAUAUGAGCAAGAGCUGAAAAAGAGGCGGGGGGAGGUGGACAACGCCCCAACCUAA